GCCCAUCACUGGGGAUCUGGUGUGAGCAUCUGUCAGUGAGUGACGGCACCCCCUGAUCCUGCCCCAUGGAAACCCUGGUGCCAGGACAGAUGCCCAGGGCUGGACUCCUGCUGCUGCCCCUUCUCCUCUGCUUCGGGCCAGAGACCGCCGGGAGCAUUGACCCGGCCGCACUCAAAGCCAUCGUGGAUCACGUGCACAAGUAUCGCCCUGUCACCCGUCCCGCCCCCACUCAUCAGUAUGCAGUGGCCAUCUCCUUGCCGCAGUCCAUGUGCAAGGGCAUCAGCCCGAGUGAGCUGGAGGAGCACCUGCCCAUGGCCGAGCUCCAGGCGAUGAAAUCCAAGCUAGAGACGGACCUUCUGUAUGAGGGGCCUCAUGUCGUCGCCGCCGCCAAACCUGACAAACGUGACGAAAGUGGCACACAAUACCUGCACUCUGAGUGGCUGAUGUUCCAGCUGGACCAGAACGGGGUGAGCCCCGUCUCCCGCCUCCUGGACAAGUCCCGGGACCAGACCAAGUGCCAGGAGACCCGCGCCUUUGAAGAAUCAUAUGGCAACAACCGCUAUCCCAGGUCAUUUCCGAACAACCCGUGCGGCUGGAACCGCUGCUUCAUCUUCUUCACCUAUUACUCCCCCUGCCUGGGCACCUGCCUCAGCCUGAACAGCGACCACCGCAUUCAGGACCUCAUGGACGGGAUCUUCAGCGCCCUAGACAGGGACUACCGUGCCUUGGCCUUCAAGGAGGUUUUCAAAAAAGACAGAAGUCAGGGGAAGCAGCUUGUAUGGAACUCAUGGCAAACACUCUGUAAAGUGCCCCUGUACCAAUGCGAUGACCAGGGCUGCCAGAGCUGCGAGGAGAAGGACGUCAACAAGAACUCCUGCCUAACAGCAGUGAAAAACCCAGCCACAAAAGCCCCGAAGAUAGCCCAUGGGUGAGGGCGCAAAGGUGGGAGGAGAUUGUAAGUUGCAAUGCAAUCAAUCAACAACCAACCCAUCCAUCCAUCAUCAUCCACCCAUCCAUGAACCCAUCCAUUUGUCACCCCAUACAUCCGUCAACCCAUCUGUCCAUCCAUUCUUCAAUCCAUCCAUCCAUCUGUCCCUCCAAGAACUCAUCCAUCCGUCAACCCGUCCAUCCAUCCAACCCAUCCGUCCAUCCAUCCAUGAACCUAUCUGUCCAUCAACCCAUCCACCAAUCCUUCUAUCCAUCAGCCCAUCCAUCCAUCAUCCUUCAACCCAUCCAUCUAUCUGUCUGUCAACCCACUCAUCCGUCAGCCCAUCCAUCUAUCAGCCCAGCUGUCCAUGCCUCUCACAUACCUCUCCUUCUAUUUCACUAUCUCAUUUCAAGGUGCCCAUUCCCUGAGUAUCUGGGCACUGGGUUUGCCCUGUGAUCUCUUCUCCCUCUCUUUCUGUAUCUCAUUUCCAGGGUGUCCAUGCCCCUGGUAUGUGGGCCCUGGGUUUCCCCUUAAAAAUUGCCCCCCUUUCCAAGUCCAGCAGAUGGACUUUCUCUGCCAUAUGAUCCACACCAAUAAAGCUUCAGAGAAGUC